AUGUGUUUUAUUAUCGCUUUAUCUUUUGUGCUUGCUGUUGGAUUUUUACUUGUAAUUUUAUCUGGAGCAUUAUAUGGAAAUUGGUUGAUAGUUUUAGUUGCUCCUUUACCUAAUUGGGUAACUUCUAGAUGUGCUGGUGGAUAUGAUUAUUAUUCAGAUGGUCAAAAUAAUGGAUGUAAAGACUUUGGUCAAUUUAUAACUGCUAUUUUUAUUGUAACUGGAGUUUGUUUACCACUUGUUUUGGCACAUUGUGAAGUGAUAACAUAUGCUGCCAUGGUCAUGAGUAUUGCUGGAGGUUUAUUGGUCUAUGCAACAAUUAUUGCCUAUUCAACAUUUUUUGCCAAUGAAGGUGAUGAAUUUUAA